UUGAAAGAAGAUCGGUUUGACGAAGAUAUCAUUAUUAGAUGCAAAUGGCUCUGAACAAGAAGAAUCUUGAUGGUGCUGAUGCUGUAAUUGUGAGUGGUCUUCCUGACUACAUUACAGAAACACAGAUGAGGGAAUUUCUUGAGACUUUUGGUCCAAUUCGGGGCUUUGAAUUGGUGAAAGCUAGAGAUACUCGAAAUUCAGAAAGUUAUGCAUGCUGUAUAUAUCAAGAUCCUGCAGUUACAGAUAUUGUUUGUGCUGCUCUGAAUGGAAUAAAAUCUGGAGAUAAGACUCUUACUGUUAGACGACCUAAUCAAGGUGAAAACCAGACAAAACCUGCACUAAAGAGAGUUAUGUUUCAGCAAGAAUUAGCAGCAACGAAGUCGAAGAUCGCCAGUUCAAGCCUGGCUAUAUCUGCUGCUGAUGGACUUGAUGGUCCUGAUUGUUUAUUUGUGGGUGGUCUUCCUGAUUACUUGAGAGAAACAGAGGUCAGGGCACUUGUAGAGACUUUUGGUCAACUUCGGGGCUUUGAAUUGGUGAAAGAUAGAGAUACAGGAAUUUCAAAGGGCUAUGCAUUCUGUGCUUAUCAACAUCCUGUGGUAACAGAUAUUGCUUGUGCUGCUUUGAAUGGAAUAAAAUCUGGAGAUAAGACUCUUAUACUUAGAAGAGCGCCAAAACCUAAGCAAGAAAGCAGAUUAACUCAUGGACUUCAGAGGGCAACGAAGGUUGUUUGUCUAAGUCAGGCUAUAUCUGCUGCUGAUCUGAAAGAUGAUAAGGACUAUGAAGAGAUUGUAGAUGAUAUGAGAAGAGAGGGAUCCAAAUAUGGUACAUUGGUUAAUGUUGUGAUACCUCGGCCCCGACCAAAUUGGGAACCAUCACCACUUGGCGUUGGAAAGGUGUUUUUGGAGUAUGCUGACAUGGAUGGUGCAACAAUAGCACGAGCUCAGUUGAGUGGACGAACUUAUGGUGGGAAUCCAACAGUGGCAGCAUUUUAUGCUGAGAAUGAAUUUGCUGACUUGAUUAUAAAGCCUGGCUGUUUGUCAUUGCCACUUAGCUUGGAUUGAUAUCUCUUCCAUUUUUGUAAUUUCUAGGCUUAGUUGAACAGUAGAAUAUGAAUAUACAUUUUAU